UCCCUCCCUCCGCCCCCGCCGCCGCCACUGCCGACGACCCACCGUCAUCCGACGGCCGCGUGCUGCACCCCCCCGCCUCCGAGCCCACGAUGUCUUCUGGAGAUGGGAUCAACGGAGAUGAAAGGUCUGAAGAGACACAUAGCAAAGAUAUUAGACGCUACAAGUGUGAAUUUUGCACUGUUGUUAGGUCCAAGAUGUAUCUCAUUCGAGCUCACAUGGUUGCUCAGCACAAGGAUGAGUUGGACGCAUCAGAAAUCUACAACUCAGACGGUGAAAAGGUUGUUCCUGAGGUUGAACACAAAUGUGAUGAGUGCGGAGCUUGUUUCCAGAAACCAGCUCAUCUGAAGCAGCAUAUGCAAAGUCAUUCCAAAGAGAGAUCCUUCGCCUGCCCACUUGAAGACUGCCCCUUCAGCUAUAUAAGAAAAGAUCACUUGAACCGGCAUAUGCUUACGCAUGAGGGGAAGUUGUUUACAUGCCCUCUAGAAGGUUGUGGCAAGAGGUUCAGCAUAAAGGCGAAUAUUCAAAGACAUGUUAAGGAAAUGCAUGAGGAUGAACAUGAAUGCAAAAUGGAUGACGCUAAAAGCAACCAGCAGGUUAUUUGCCAGGAGGAGGGCUGUAAAAAGGCUUUCAAGUAUCCUUCACAGCUGAAGAAACACGAGGAAAUGCAUGCCAAAUUGGACUAUGUGGAAGUAGUCUGCUGUGAGCCUGGCUGCUUGAAGACGUUCUCAAAUGCUGGGUGCCUGAAGGCUCAUAACCAGUCUUGCCAUCUAUAUACUCAGUGUGAUAUUUGUGGGGAGAAACACCUGAAGAAGAACAUUAAAAGGCAUCUAAGAGCUCAUGCUGAAGUCCACUCUACUGAAAGGUUGAAAUGCACUUUUGAUGGCUGUGAAUGCACCUUCUCCAAUAAAUCAAAUCUAAACAAGCAUAUGAAGGCGUGCCAUGACCAAGUCAGACCUUUCGAGUGUCGAGUCGUGGGGUGUGGCAAGACAUUCCACUACAAGCAUGUCAGGGACAAUCAUGAGAAGUCCAGUUGGCAUGUAUACGUAGAGGGCGACUAUGAGGAGAUGGACGAGCAGCUGCGCUCGCGCCCAAGAGGCGGGCGGAAGAGGGCGGCCGUGACGGUCGAGACGCUGACUCGCAAGCGGGUGACCAUCCCCAGCGAGGCCUCCUCCCUGGACGACGGGGCGGGGUACAUGCGCUGGUUGCUCUCUGGCGGGGAUGAUUCGAACCACGCCGAGUAGGCGUCUCUCCUAGUAUGUUGUUGCAGUACGUUUUGGAGGUUGUCAAAUGUAUAGAUAGGUCUCUACGGUUUUGCUGCUCAAGUCAGUUGUGGUUGUGUGGAAAUCGACGUUUGUGUGUACGUAUGCAGAGUUCUGAUUUAGCAAGUAUAUAUGGUACUAGUAAGUGAAUCAGUCGUUAUAUGGUAGUAACUGCUUUGGGGAUAGUAACUGAGCAUUUGAGUCGUUGUAAUAGCCAUCAUAAAUCUGUGUUGUGUUUUGGAUGGUUGCUUGGCGUUGCGGCCGGAAUGAAGUUGUUGUCGAAUUUGCUGUUUGUGUGCACGUUUUAACCAAGAAAACUAAAUAAAGCUCGAGGAAUUUGUCUGUUUA